GAUGUUAGAUGAUGUAUUAUGGAUGAUUGCCAUGGUAACCGAUUGCUGUAGAGUCCAUGAAUGUGGAAAUCUAGAUCCUAUACAAGCAUCACAUGCAGAUAAAACAUCUGUCUUUGUUCAUGAAAUUUCCAGCAAACUGAAAGUUGCGAAUGUCAGUGACCGUUUUCUACUGGACACAAUAAUGCAAGGUUUGCAGUUACCAUGGUUACGGGUAGGGGUGUGUCAACAACUUCUCAACAUGUAUGAUGACUAUCUCCUAAUGGAGGAGAACAGUAAUGAUACCAAAUCUCUUACAUUUCAACAUAUU